AUGUCGCAGGCAAAUGUUACUUUCAUUGUUGAUUUGGAUGUACUCAAAGAUGAUUCAACUAUCAAAGUCAGAGUGAUAAACCUAUGGAACCUUUCUUCAUUCUAUAACAAUGAUGAACUUUUCUCUAUUGAAUUGAUUUUGAUAGAUGAACAGGGUACCAAGAUACAAGCAAAUGUAUUAAAAAAAUACAUUUACCGUUUCAAAAACAUUUUAAAAGAUGGCUUGGCAUUUUACAUAAAAUGUCCAAGCUUUGCAUCCCAAAAGAUGGGUGGUUUCAGGUUAACUCGCCAGGAACAUAAACUUACUUUCCUCUAUAACACCGUUGUUACGGAGUGUCAUGACUUUUCUGGACAUACAUUUGAUUUUGAGUUUGUUGAUUAUCAGUCUAUUAUCUCAUUAGUCCAUCCUGAAAACAUUGCUAUUGAUGUUAUUGGAUUAGUGGUUGCAAUUGGUGAGAUGGGGCGAGACAAUAAUGAUAAAAAAAACACAGGCUCAACAUCCAAAUCCAAGAUACAAAGUUUUGGUUUGCAACUGAGUGUCAAUUUGUGGGGUGAUUUUGCUUACAAAAUGCAACACUUUAUUGAUAACAAUCCACACAAUCUUCGUAUCAUUGUUAUCCUUCAAUUUGCAAAACUUAGUAUUUGGAGAGAUCGUCCCACGGUUAACACCUACUUUUCCGUGUCAAAGCUGUUCAUUAACACUGACAUUGAUGAAAUCAAUGUUUUUAAGAAAAGUUUGGAUGGAGAUGAUCGUCCUGAUUCAUCCGCGAAUACAUUCACACUUAUGAAGUCUAAUAAAGUUUCUGAACAUGAAGAUUUCAUGGUUAAGUUUCAGCUGAAGACUAUUGCUGAUGUUUCGGAACCCGUAGAGAAAAAUUAUUUCAUUAUCGUGGGCACUAUAAAGGGAAUUCUACAAAAUGAACAAUGGCAUUAUUUGGCAUGUACAAAUUGCAACUACAAAGCAAUUCGGCCUCCAGGUGCAGACGAGAAGCCUGAUUUUGAUGGAUCACUUGGAGGUUAUGAAUGUCAUAAUAAUGAGUGCACAAAAACCGAAAGUGCAGUCGUUCCAAGAUUUAUGAUUUCGGUACGUGUUCAAGACAAUACCGGUACUAUUACCCUAACCAUGUUUGAAAGAGAUGGAAAGUAUCUUUUGAAGAAAUCAGCGAAAGAACUGUUUGAUAAAGCAGUCAAGCUUGGUUUUAGUACUCAUUUGUAUCCCGGAGAGAUAAAUGCACUUAAAGGUUUGAAGUUGGCUUUUAAAGUAUCAAUCAAUCGCUUCAAUGUCUCGAAAAAGAACAACCAAUACGGUAUAUGUAGAAUCAAUGAUGAUGAAAAGUUGAUUGAAGAACUGGAAAAUAAGUUUACCAACUCACAGGUAGGUAUCUCACAGUCAAUUGAUAUUGGUGAAGCCGAUACUGAAACACAAGAUAAUAGGAUUUUGAAGGAUGCAAUAUCUGGUACGGACGACAACAUAACACCUACCACUGUUGAUAAAAACUCAGCAACAAGUCCCAUGAAGGGUUUGAAUACACCAACAGUUUUGAAGAGAAAUCUCGAAGAAGUAUUUGAUUUGGAGUUAAAUGAAAAAUUAUCAUCAUCAAAAACUCCUAAGAUAUCUCCAGAAGGACGCAUUAACCAGUUAGUGAAGCUUCUUUCAAACCCAACCUUUACCGAAGAAAACCCCGGAAUGGAGUUGAUGAUGUGGGUUCUGGUGUUAGGUGUUCUAACCAAAACAUGUGCCAAGCUUUUUUCAGGCUCAGGAUUCUACAUCUACAAUCGUCAUCGUUAUCCAGAAUCUAUAGAUAACUACAGAAAUGUUACGUCAGAUAAAGAAAAUAUAAACUCAGUCAAAUCAUUUGUAUAUCAAGAUAAAACUAUUCAUUCUCCUUCUACAAAUACAAAUGUUAGAACUCCCCUUUCCAACAUUUCAAAUGGAAAUUAUAGUUUCCAUAAUAACAUUCAAACACCGAUAUCUAUUAACAAUGAUAAAUCAUUGUUUUCUAUUGGUAUGACAUCCACCGGUCGUUCGAGCAUCAUUCAAAAAUCUUCAUCAAUCAAGUUACCAACAGGAAAACAUCGGUUAAAAAGGAAGACUACACGUAUAUCUGAUAUACCUUUGUUUGACUUGACAUUAGAUGAAGAAAUUAAUGCUGAGCAAAUUAUUGAUGAUAUUACUUGGAUCAUGGAGACCAGAUUGUUAUAUGUCAGAUUUGUCAUGCAAAACUAUGGAAAGAUGAAUCGGUUAGAGGCAAAAAAAAAAGAGAAUGCAUCUUAUUCCCUAUGUUGUGGCUAUGGAAAAGUUGAGCUACCACCUUUAAAAGAAGCUCCAUCAUCUUACCAAAAUCUUUAUCGGUCGAUAGAUUCAAAAAGCAAACACUUCAUCAAGAACAUUCGUCGUUACAAUUCGAUGUUUUCAUUUACAUCGAUGGGAAGCAAAGUUGAUUCAUCCAUUAACAAAGGCAACGCUCCGUACAUAUUCAGACUUAGUGGUCAAAACUAUCAUAGUAUGGGUAGUCUUUUGCCAGCAGAUGGAUCAAGACCAAAAUUUUGUCAAUUAUACAUAUAUGAUACGGAGAACGAGAAUUCAAAUAGAUCAACAAGUGUUGGUGGACCAAUGAACGCUUCUACGUCAACUUCAACUGCAUAUGAUUUUCAAAUUAUAGAAUUUUUGAAGGUUAUGCUAGAUUCAAAUAAUGAGUUGGUUAAGUGUUAUAGGAUGGCAAGAGAUUGCAUUCAUUCAAAUCCUCAUGUUGAUUAUAAAUUAAGGUUAAUUGGAAAAAGAGAGCAAGAUGGAAGGACGUAUAACUUACCAACUUCUUCCGAGGUUGCAGCAUUAAUUUAUACAUUACUAUUUCCAUACGGAGAUGAUGGUUACAGAGUUGACAACCUUCAUAGAGGUAUUACAUCUUCUAGCAACAGCAAGCGGGCAACCUGUACAAUGAGAGAAUUUUUUGCUUACAGAAUUCAGGACAGGGAUCAUUCGUUCUCACUAAUCCUAAAUGCAAAAAGGUUGUUCCAACAAUUUUUGGUAGAUGGUUAUACAAUGAUUGAAAGUGAGAGAUUAUAUUUCAUUCGUAAUCAACAAAAAAUUCUGAGAUGUACGUCUUAUGAGAAUUUGCGUAGCCAACAAGCUGAUGGGAAUACAGAUAUUUCCAAUGUCGGACAACGUGUCAUCUUACCUUCUUCAUUUACCGGUGGUGCACGCUAUAUGAUGCAAAACUAUUUGGACGCCAUGUCGCUCUGUAAAUGGUUCGGAUAUCCAGAUUUUUUCAUAACCUUUACGUGUAAUCCAAAAUGGCCAGAAGUUAAAAGGUUUCUUAAGUACACAUCACUUAGUCCAGAAGAUAGACCGAAUAUCUUAUGUAGGUUAUUUAAGAUCAAGCUUGAUGCAUUUAUUAAAGAUUUAAGGGAAAAUGAAAUUUUCGGAAAGGUUCAAGCAGGUAUUUAA